GGCAAACAUCCUUUCGCAGGGCUUCUGGAGGGAAUGGCCCUCAAAAACCUACAUGUACAGGCGAAUUACUAACACGGUUCAUUGCUGUGAGCCUCAGCGCUCAGCGGAAAUGGCUCCACCGAACGUCCCCUCCUUCGCUCGCCCACCAUGGUGGUAGCUAACUUCUUACUGGACGACAAAUCUCCCCUCCUCCGUUAUGAUUCUGACUUUCUUUCGUUACCGGGAAAUGACAAUCUCUCAGCAUGGUAUUACCUCGGAACAUACACGGUGACCGCUACUAACGGCGCCUCCAUGGAAUGGGCUUUCAACGGAUCUGGAUUCACAAUCUGGGGUGUCAUGUCGUACAAUCACGGAGACUAUUCCGUCCAAGUGGACAACGGAUCACCAACGACACUCAGCGGAACCACCCCCAGUCCAGUUUUCCAGCAACCUCUAGUCGAAAGUACACUUCCUCAGGGCACCCACACGGUCAGUCUCACCAACCUCGGCACUGGCACCACGAACGCCCUUGAUGUGGACAUGGUGACGUUCCAGUCGAACAUUGAAGGCACCGAUCAACUCGUCGCGAGCAUCAUCCAAGAUACGGAUGAUCGCUUCAAGUGGUCAUCUGGCUGGGAUACCUCUCCUGCUAGUGUAUCGUUUUUUAGUAACGGAAGUGGCCAUGUUACUACGUCAGCAAGUGCAACCUUUAAUCUAUCGUUCACGGGUGGGAUUUUGGUCGGUGUUGCCGUGUCGUUGUAUGGCUCCGUAGGCCCUAAUAACGGCCCUUACCAGGUUCAACUGGACGGAGUCAUGGUCAUCAAUCCCCAGUCGUUCAGCGGCACAUCAUGGGAUACUUUUACCCAAGUAAUGCUGUAUCAUGCUAAUGAUAUCGGUGACGGCCCGCACGAACUCACACUUUACAAUCUACCGUCAGGACCACAAAGCACCCUCGCAAUAGAUUAUGCGGAGAUAUUUUCUUCAACAAACGAGGCUUGCUCCUCCCGAUCAUCUUCGUCGACUUCCACGACUCAAAAGGGACUAAUCGGUGGCCUGGUUGUGGCCUGCACGCUUGCCGCCAUCGCUAUCCUCUCCGCUCUCUGGCUACUUAGAUCCAACAGGAGGCUCAGAAACUUUCACAGCCUCUCGACUAUGGCAACACAAGGCCCAGACAGCCGCAGGGGCCCUUUUUUCCGAACAGAUUCAGUCCAUAGUGGUCAUGGACCAUACAUACCGGCCAGCGCAGCUGUUGCUCCGUCAACGGUAGCAACAUCCGGAGCGAACCCAAGCUCGUUUACGCACGAUACGCCCGUGACGUCGUCUCAAGGCGUGGAGACUUCCCAGAUAUCGGCGUCUGACUCCCGUAGACGAGCACUUCCCCGACCGACUACUGUCGCGAGCAUCACUAAUAAUCGCACAGAGGCGCCUCCAGCAUACCAAUAAUUGGGACGCCCCUGUGCUAGACCGAUCACCUUGCGAUCUAUAUUUUCUACUUCUACUUACGCAAUACCAGACGAGCUGUAUUAUCUAGUUCAUUGCC